CCAGCACCGGACUGCAGUUCGCAAACCAGCUCCAAUUCUCAAGAUUUACACAUUUAUCUGUGUCAUCCACUGUUCAUUCUUCUGUCUGAAAUCCCGAAUUUCAGCUCGUUGAAGAUGUUGGCGUGCGCUGAAAUGAUCACGAUGUGUCUCCAGUCGGCGAAGCGCGAGCAUCUUCGCUCCAAACAGCAUCAAAUGCAGCAUCAGAUGCUGGAUUCGGUUCACGGACUGUCCAUCUUUCACGAUAUUUUCCGCAGAGCUGACAAAAAUGAUGAUGGGAAACUGUCCUUCGAGGAGUUUAAAGCAUAUUUUGCAGAUGGGAUUCUCACGACUGAUGAGCUGCGGGAGCUUUUCUACUCCAUCGAUGGAAGGCAAACAAACAACCUCGAUACAGACAAACUAUCAGAUUAUUUUUCUCAGCAUCUUGGAGAAUAUCUGGACGUUCUGUCAGCAUUAGAGAAACUCAAUGUCGCCGUCCUGAAGGCCAUGGACAAGACCAAGGAGGACUACCAGGGGUCAUCAGUUCUGGGUCAGUUUGUGACCCGUUUCAUGCUAAGGGAGACGUCCAGUCAGCUGCUGUCGCUCCAGAUGUCCCUGCAGUGCGCAAUGGAGGCGGUGGAGGCGCAGAGCAGCACCACUCCGGUUGAAGUUAAAGUCCCAGAGCAUCUGGUCAUUCAGAAGAACAACAGAAGAUGUGGCCGUCGAGUGCAGAAGAACAUGUGUCUGUCUCCUACUGAUCCAUACUCGGGCAUUCUCACUACCGGCGUUACGGUCGAUACAGAUGAGCACUGGUGCUCUCAGAUCAACAGACUGCAGCAGCUCAUCGACAAACUGGAGUGUCAGAGUCCAAAGUUGGAGCCUCUGAAAGAAGAUACACUGGCCAGCACAUACAAAUCAAACAUUCUGCUGGUGCAGAGACAGAUGAGCGUGACGGAGAAUGAUCUCGAGGAGUUUCAGAAAGCCCUGAAAAGCUACGCCGACACCACCGCCAACCAGAACGACAACCUACACGUUUCCAUCCAGAAGCUUCCUGAGAAGAGCUGCUACAUCAUCUAUGAGUUCUGGCAGGACCGCAUCUCCUGGAUGAGUUAUUUGCAGUCUGACGCCAGUAAGAUGUUCCAGCGCUGCAUCAUAGACAUGCUGGAGGAUCCAGAGAUCGUCUCCACAAUGCUCAUGCCAGCGUCCUGGUGGAUCAUGACAAACAACUAACAGCAAGCAAAGCACCAUGCAGAACCCCAACCUGAAAUAUGACCCCGGUGUGUCUAUAAAUAAAUUACUAGCUCUAAAAAAUCAGAUGAAUCAUCUGUACGUGUGGCACACUGCAUUAUAGAUCAUGUCUGAUAGUUCACUGAAAACACAAAGUGUUACGCAGGCUUGUGCAUCAUUCAGAACUGAAUUCACAUGCUUUUACAUACACUGCAAUUCCUGGAUUGGAAUUGAGGCUGAAAACAGGACACAGAAAUGCUGAAUUUCAGAAAGCAGAUUAAGAAUUAUAUUAAAAAAAGUCAUA